GUAUUGUUUUUUCUCCAUGUAACAUCAUGGCACUACACCUGUGGGGGUUAGUGAUGCCGACAACGUGCGACGAUAACAGGAGCAAGGGGUGAUGAAAGUGGCAGAUCUUGGCGGCGGCAAACGCGAACGAUCAUCGUGGGUUUCGUUCACCGACAACAAGCGGUUGAUCGGCGAGGCUGCGAAGAACCAGGCCGCUGUCAACGCCGAGAGAACGGUAUUUGAUGUGAAGAGACUUGUUGGGAGAAAGUUUGACGACGAGGAGGUUCAAAAGGACAUGAAGCUGGUUCCGUACAAGAUCGUGGACAGGGGCGGGAAGCCUUACGUAGAAGUUAAAGUGAGUAAUGGGGAUGUUAGGGUCUUUAGCCCUGAGGAGAUCAGUGCCAUGAUUCUUACAAGGAUGAAGGAGACAGCGGAGGGUUUUCUUGGGAAGAAGAUUAAGGAUGCCGUUGUUACUGUCCCCGCUUACUUCAACGAUGCGCAGAGGCAGGCCACGAAGGAUGCGGGUGCGAUUGCUGGGCUUAACGUUGUGAGAAUCAUCAACGAGCCAACUGCUGCUGCCAUUUCCUAUGGACUCGGCGUGUACGACGACAAGAGACGCGGUAGUGGCGUUAUCGAGAAGAACAUCCUUGUGUUUGAUCUUGGUGGUGGCACAUUUGAUGUCAGUGUCCUCACGAUCGAUCACGGUGUGUUCGAGGUUCUCGCCACCAACGGCGACACCCAUCUUGGAGGCGAGGAUUUCGAUCAGAGGGUGAUGGAUUACUUCAUCAAGCUCAUCAAGAAGAAGCAUGGGAAGGAUAUAAGCAAGGACUACAGGGCUCUGGGUAGGCUGAGGAGGGAGUGCGAGCGCGCGAAGAGGGCAUUGAGUAGCCAACACCAAGUCAGAGUCGAAAUCGACUCGCUCUUCGAUGGCAUUGACUUCUCUGAGCCAUUGACUCGCGCUCGCUUUGAGGAGUUGAACAACGACCUAUUCAGGAGGACUAUGGGGCCCGUGAAGAAGGCCAUGGAAGACGCAGGGUUGAAGAAGAACGAGAUCGAUGAGAUUGUUCUUGUUGGUGGGAGCACUAGAAUCCCCAAGGUCCAAGAGCUCCUCAGAGAUUUCUUUGAUGGUAAGGAGCCUAACAAGGGAGUGAACCCGGAUGAAGCGGUCGCGUAUGGUGCCGCGGUCCAAGGUGGCAUUCUAAGCGGGGAGGAUGCGGGACGUGGCGAUUAUCUUCUUUUGGACGUCACUCCACUCACCCUCGGCAUUGAGACCGCGGGUGGAGUGAUGGCCAAACUGAUCCCCAGGAACACCGUGAUCCCGACGAGAAAGUCCCAAGUCUUCACCACAUACCAAGACCAACAACCAACCGUCUCGGUCAAGGUUUUCGAAGGCGAACGAGGUCUUACCAAGGACAACACACUUCUCGGCAACUUCGAGCUGAGCGGGAUUUCCCCCGCCCCGAGGGGAAUCCCGCAAAUCGAAGUCGCGUUCGAGGUCGACGCGAACGGCAUUCUGAACUUGAAAGCCCAAGACAAAAGCACCGGGAGAUCGAAGAAGAUCACGAUCAACAAUGGCAGGCUGAGUGAAGAGGAGAUCGAGCGCAAGGUCCGCGAGGCGGAGGAGUUUGCGGAGGAAGACAAGAAGUGGAAGGACAAGAUCAAUGCACGAAACAGGCUCGAGAGCUAUGUGUACAACAUGAAGAACAGGAUGAAGGACAAAGAGGAGUUUGGGGAUAAGCUGGAGUCGGAGGAGAAGGAGAAGAUGGAGAUUGCUUUGAAUGAGGCCAUGGAGUGGCUGCAGGACGGCGGCCGGAGUGGUGGUGCUGCUGAGAAAGAGGACUUUGUGGAGAAGCUUGAAGAGGUUGAGGCGGUUUGCAACCCCAUUGUUUCCGCCGUCUACCAAAGAUCUGCCGGCGGCGGCGGCGGCUCUCACGAUGAGCUGUAGAUCAGAAAGAAAUUGACAAUUAUUUU